AUGGAUUCGAAAAAAGCAAUAUUCCGUAUUCUAGACCUUCUGAUUAUGGUUCUUCUUUUCUGCUUAGAGGUGUCAGCUAGAAUCUUCACUGAGACCUCCUCUAAUACCAAAAUGGGAAAUGUUGAAAAGAUAAAUGAAACAAAUAAACCAAGUUAUGUUAAUGGAGGUUACAUAGGUUAUCCGUAUAUUGGUGGUGGUUAUUCUAGUGGUAAUCCAGGUAAUAGCGGUGGUUACAUUGGUGGUGGUUACCCUGGUAUUGGUGGUGGUAGUUAUCCGAGUAUUGAUGGUGGUUACAUUGGAAAUGGUGGUUAUGGUGGUGGUUAUCCGAUGAACGGUGGUAGUUACUUUGGUAAUGGUGGUGGCUACCCUGGUACUGUGGGUGGUGUUAUUCCAGGUAACGCUGUUCCAUACAAUGGUGGUGGUGGUGUUGGUGGUGUUGUUCCGGGUAUUGUUGGUGGUGGUGGUGGUGGUGGUAUUCCGGGUGUUUUUGGUGGUGUUUCAGGUGUUGUUCCGGGUGGUAUUAUGGGAAAUAUUCGUAGUUAUAUCAGUGGUUAUAUAAAUGGUCGCUUGAGUAAUGGUGACCAAGUUGGUGCAAAAACUGAUGGCAACACUCGUCACUAA